GAGCAAAAGCUGAUCUCCACGGGCGAGCGCUCGGAAAUCCGGCCUGCCUCGUCUUCCUCCGCUGGCGCGGCGUGGGUGAGAGAGAUCGGAGGAGAUCCCGUGGCCUCCUCGAUGAGGUCGCCGACGCCGGCCAGGCUGGCCCUGGCCCUCGUGGCCGCCCUCGCCGCGGCGGCGCUGCUCGGCGGGGCGGCGGCGGCGGCGGCGACGGAGGAGGCCUACGUCACGCUGCUGUACGGGGACGAGUUCGUCCUCGGCGUGCGCGUCCUGGGCAAGUCCAUCCGCGACACGGGCACGCGCCGGGACCUGGUCGUGCUCGUCUCCGACGGCGUCUCCGACUACUCGCGGAAGCUCCUCCAGGCAGAUGGUUGGAUUGUGAGUCAUAUAACGUUACUGGCCAAUCCUAAUCAAGUGAGGCCAAAGAGAUUUUGGGGCGUCUACACCAAGCUUAAGAUAUUCAACAUGACAAGCUAUAGAAAAGUCGUUUAUCUCGAUGCUGAUACUGUGGUCGUGAAAAGUAUUGAGGAUCUUUUCAAGUGUGGGAAGUUCUGUGGCAACCUGAAGCAUUCUGAAAGAAUGAAUUCUGGAGUGAUGGUUGUAGAACCAUCUGAAACUGUUUUCAAGGAUAUGAUGCGCCAAAUAGACACUUUGCCUUCUUACACCGGAGGUGACCAAGGCUUUCUGAAUUCAUAUUAUGCUGAUUUCGCCAACUCACAUGUUUAUGAGCCAGAAAAGCCUUAUACACCUGAACCUGAGACUCAGCGCCUUUCUACCUUAUAUAAUGCUGAUGUUGGACUUUACAUGCUAGCCAACAAGUGGAUGGUUGAUGAAAAGGAACUUAGAGUCAUUCACUACACGUUGGGUCCCCUUAAACCCUGGGACUGGUGGACAGCUUGGCUUGUUAAACCUGUGGGAGUGUGGCAGGAUGUUAGGCAAACACUUGAAGAGUCUCUCCCAGGAACUGGUGGGGGGAGAAGCCCUCAUGAUCAGCUUGUGGUCAAAGUUUUGUUCAUCCUUCCUGUUUUACUACUCACAUGUGGUUAUAACCAAUCAUGUUUUCAGACUAACAAGGAGCUGUUAAAUAUAAGGUCUCUAUGUGCAUUUGCUAGAAGAGAUCGCUACAAAUACAAGUCUGAAGAGGCAUUUCCAUCGUACUCGGUUAUGGGUGUUUCAUCAUCUGCAUUUUCCAAUUCAAAUCAAAGAUUCUCCAAUGGGAUGCACUCAAAGUUACCUUCUUAUUUUGGGGCACUCACUGUGCUAGCCUGCUUUAUGUCUGCUGGCGUAUCUUUUGCAUUUGCUUUUGCUAUCAUCCCAAAGCAGAUUAUGCCAUGGACAGGCUUGCUGCUGAUGUUCGAGUGGACCUUUGUAUCAUUCUUCUUGUUAUUUGGGAGUUAUCUCCGUUUUGUCUAUCGAUGGGGAAGUCUUGAUGCAAAUCAUGUGGGACAUAGUCGUUUUGAUUCAUCAGAAAACCACAUGGUUACAGGCCGGCACCAUAAUAUGUCUGACUGUGACAUAGAUGCAACAUUUUACUGGACAGGGAUGGCAAUUAUAGCUAUUGUCACUGUAUUGUUACCGACUCUCUUGGGUGUGACUGCAUUAUUUGCGAAGCUAGGAUUGAUGGUUGCUGGUGGUGUUGUGCUUGCAUCUUUUAUGACAUACGCUUCAGAGCAUAUUGCUAUCUCUGCCUUUUCAAGGGCAGAGAGAUAGAAAUGUGCCAGAAGUAGAAGCAUCUGCUUCUUGUUUUAGUCGUUAACCCUGCUCCUACGCAAUUCAUUUAGUUCAUGUACCAUAUGUACCAUCCAUGUUGUAUCCUAUGUCUUUUACACAAAAAAAAAAACGAAUGAUGGUAUACACAGCGAUUCCAUUUUUUGAUGUCAAUGAAGAGUAAAUAGGUUCCAAUGAUGUUCAUCCAUCACAAAUGACAUGAAACUUGCAAACACGUAUUGUAAAUCUUGUAUAUAAGCACUCACUGUUAUUAUUUUAUUCUGUUCUUCUCAA